UCUUUCUUUUCCCAUACUUCCAUACCACCACCGCAACGGAACAGAAACGCACACAGGGAGAGAGGGAGAUGGCGACGAGGGGAAGAAAGGAAUCGAGUUAUGCUUCGAGUUUGCUCUGGCUAGCGGGGAUUUUCCUCCUGCUAUGGGGGCCGAGGCCGGCGUCGGCCGACGGUUCAGCCAUGGAGGAAGCCAAGGAGACGACUGAGUCCUGGGCCAACUGGGUCCAGGACAAAGUAACCGAGGGGCUCGGGCUGAGGCACGAGAACGCGAGGAUGGCGGCUGAGCAGAUAAAGGAUGCUGCGGGAAAUGCUGCCAACAAGAUAUCCAGCGCUGCAUCCGACACUGCCAAGUACGCAACUGGGACAGCGGAGGAGAUCAAAGAUGCCGCGAUGAAGAACCAAGGUGGCAAGGGUGGCAGCUCAGCUCAGGUUGAAGACUCGCAGCUGAACGCAAUAUUGAUGGCACAGGCUGCCAAAGCGGGUGGCAAGUCUCACAUGCCAGAAGAGAAGCUUAUGGCAAUACUGAGGGCAGAGUCUCCCAUACCAAAUGAGAAGCUUAUGGCAAUGUUGAAGGCAACUCCCCUGACAGAGGAGAAGCUUAGGGCAAUCUUGAAGGCAGGAGGUCCGAACUCGAAGCCCGAAGAGGCAAAAGUAAAUGCAAUGCUGAAGGCAGAGGCUGCCAAAGCUAAGAUUAAAGAUGGAGCAAACAUGGCUGCCAACAAGGCCGAGAAGGCCUACGAGGGAGCAAAGGAGAAGGUCAAGGAGACUUAUGACACCGCGAAGGACACCGUGACAGAGUCUGCCAAGGCAAACUAUGAGGCCGCCAAGGAGAAGGCAUCCCAAGCCACAGGUGAUCUGGGGGCCACGAUGCAGCAGAAGACGGCGGGUGAGCUAUAAGAGGUUUGAGAAGAAGUCCUUCUCGUCACUUCUUGAUCUUCCAGGAGUUUUGAGAGACUUGAAGUAGUUAGUUUGUGCUGCAAGUGUGUUUGAUUAUUAUUAUUAUUUUUUUUUUGGUUCAUGCUGCUGCAGUACUUUGUAUUGCAGUACGUUGUAUGGGAGGGUUUGUAUUGCAGUAUUUUCAUGGGAGCUUGUUUUGAAUUUUUGGUUGUUUGUGUUGCUGUUAUUGGUCCAGCGUUUAGUUAUUCCAUCGUCUGAGACACUCGAAAGUCUAAUUAAUACUUCCAUCAGAAAAGUCUAAUUACUACCA